AUGGCAUCGCACUACGAUCUGCUUGGCGUCGCGACCGACUGCAGCCAGGACGAGAUCAAGCAAGCGUAUCAUGCUGCGAUCCUCAUGAGCCAUCCCGACAAGCAGAAGGCUGCGGACGACGUCUCGUCCUUGGACUUUCAGCAGGUGCAUGCUGCGUACCAGGCGCUGCGGUCGGCCGAGACCCGGCGCGCGUACGACCUGUCGCUGCAAGAGGCCAAGCUGCGCGACGAGAAGCGCAUUUCCGACGAGGUUGAUCUGGACGACAUGACGUUUGAUGAGGAGAGUGGAUGCUAUGCCCAUGCCUGCCGCUGCGGCGAGCACUACUAUAUCAGCGUCGACGAGCUCGAGGACGGGACCGACGUCGUUCCUUGCGACGGCUGCUCGCUGAACAUUCGCGUCCUGUACGGGAUCGAGUAG